CCAACUGCGAAUGUUAGCAAUGGGGUCAUUUAGUAACCUAUGACUGUACGCUUCCUCAAACUGGAGAGUGAAGCUUUAAAAGGAGACAGAGCAAAUGUGAUUUACAUAGUGUAGUGCGUGUACGUGUGUGUGUGUGUGUGUGUGUGUGUGUGUGUGUGAGAGAGAGAGAGAGAGAGAGAGAGUGGGAAAUAGUGUGAGAAAGAGAAAGGGGGAGGAGCAAAGUGAGCAUUUUGGAAUGCAGAAAACCACUACUGGACUUCAGGCAGUGCGAUGACCAGAGAAGUGGACUGAGAGAGACCUUCAGAAGGACAGUGUCUACACAAACUUGACAGAGGACGUGCUGAACAACAACAACAAGUGACAAAAUACAACUUAGAAGAUUUUGACCAAGAAGCUUUACUCCUUCUAGAUGGAGUACACAGUGACAGUGGCUACCGGCACCUCAGAGUACUCAGGCACUAAUAACUAUGUGUACGUGACUCUGGUGGGCGAGAAAGGAGAGAGUGAGAGAACAGUUCUGGACAACCCGGGCCUGGACCUCUGCAGAGGCGCAGUUGAUGACUACACAGUGCAGAGCUCGGCUCCUCUGGGCCGUGUUCUGCUGGUGCGUUUGGAGAAGCAGAAAUACUGGGUGGAGGAUAACUGGUUCUGCCGCUAUGUGUUGGUGACUCCCAAAGGAGGGGGCGACACCCAGACCUUCCCCUGCUACUGCUGGCUGGUGGGGGAUGUGAAAGUGGAGGUGCGGGAAGGCACAGCUAAGAAGUUGAAUGAAGAGAUCCUGCCUCAGGAGCUGGCUCACAGAACUGCAGAGCUACAGCAGAGACAGAAAACAUACAGAUGGCAAGCAUGGGCUCCAGGCAUUCCUAAAUGCAUCGACGCCAAAUCAGAGGCAGACCUACCCGCGGAUGAUCGCUUUGCCAACGAGAAGCGCAGUGACUUCGAGGGAUCACUUCAUUACGCGCUUUUGGAGCUCUCUCUGAAGAAGCUGGCCAUCAGGUUUGGGAAGUCCUGGGAUGAUCUGGAUGAUUUUAAACGAAUAUUCUGGAAACUGAGGAGUCCCGUUGCUGAAUACACUAUGAAACACUGGAAGGAGGACUGGUUUUUCGGCUAUCAGUUCCUAAAUGGCACUAACCCGAGAAUGAUCAGAAGGUGCAGGAUGCUGCCGUCUAACUUCCCUGUCUCUGGAGACAUGGUGCAGGCCUUUUUAAGCCCCAACACCACCCUGGACAAAGAGCUCAAGGCUGGAAAUGUAUACCUGGUUGACCACAGAAUAAUGGAUAACGUCCCCGCGAAUGUGAUCAGAAAUAUAAAGCAGCACAUAGCAGCUCCUCUGUGCUUACUCUACGAGCAUCCUGACAAUGGCCUCAUUCCCAUCGCCAUACAGCUUGAACAGAAUCCUGGCCGAGAUACGCCGAUCUUCCUCCCCAGCGACCCGCCCCUAGCCUGGCUGUUGGCUAAAAUGUGGGUCCGCCAUGCAGAGUUCCAGGUGUUCCAGGUGUUGUCCCAUCUGUUGCGCACUCACCUUGUAGCGGAAGUGAUCUGUGUGGCCACGCUGAGGCAGCUACCUGCCGUCCACCCCAUUUAUAAGCUGCUCACUCCUCACCUGAAGUACACUCUGGAGAUAAACUGUCGUGCGCGCACACAGCUCAUCUCUCCUGAUGGCAUCUUCAAAAGGGUGGUGUCCACAGGUGGGGAUGGACUGCUGGUGCUGGCUCAGAGGGCAUAUCAGAUCCUGACCUACCGCUCCCUCCAGCCCAACUUUGACUUUUUGGAUCGAGGUGUCACUAAACUCAAAGGCUAUUUCUACAGAGACCAUGCUCUGAUGAUCUGGGAUGCCAUUCACAAUUUUGUCUCCAGUAUGGUGUCUCUGUACUACAGCAGUGACAGUGAUGUGCAGCAGGACACAGAACUGCAGGCAUGGAUUAAGGAUAUAGUGGAUGAAGGCUUUGUGGACCGUCCUGAGUUUGGACUGUCUAAUGAACUGAAAACAAAAGAGGAGCUGAUCACUCUGCUGAGUGUUGUCAUCUUUACCACCACGGCCCAACAUGCAGCAACCAACAAUGGACAGUUUGAUUGGUGUGCGUGGGUACCCAACACUCCUUGCACCAUGCGCCAGCCUCCGCCUACAGACAAGGACGCGGUCACUAUGGGGCUGAUCAUUGACACGCUGCCAGAUAUCAGCCAGUCAUGUGUGCAGAUGGCGAUCACAUGGCAUUUAGGAAGGGCUCAGCCAGAUGCAAUCCCCAUGGCGCAGUACGUGGAGCAGUACUUUGUUGAACCAGCAGCUUUACAGGUGAUUGAAACCUUCAAGCAGGAGCUGAAGGACAUCGAAGAGCAGAUUGUAAAGCAGAAUGAGGGCCUGGAGCUCCAGUAUCUCUACUUGUGUCCCAGCCGAAUAGAGAACAGCAUUACAAUAUAGAGAGAACCUCAAGGGCUUAUUUUACUCUGCUUGGGGAAUUCUGGGAUUUUCUGAUUUUCUGCUCAGGAUACAGCAUCACUGUCAGAGCAAAACCAUGUAUCUCCAGAAUUGUGACUUUUCAGGAAAAACUUAACUUGUAAGAUAUUUUUUCAAAAUAAUUGUAGACCAUUUCUAUUGGUCAGUUCACCAUGAAAUUCACAUUAUGUGAAAGCUAUCUGAUGCUUUCAAAUAGCGUAUAAAGAGAAAAGACAAAACAUACAUAGUCACAUGAAAAAGUGUGAACACCCCUGGUCAUAUUACAUUUUGUUGGUAACACAUCCU